AUGCAGCGCUCAUACGAAUACUCGUUGCUCGAUUUUACCGAACGAUUGGCAAAAGCUGAAGCGCGAUUCGGCGACGAUUUGCACUCGAUCAUUGAGACAUUCACCAAUUCCAGACUUGAUCUACCAUUGAAGCGACUCGACGAUUUGUCAAAAUUGCACACGGGCGCCGCUCGAAAUUUGCGCAAAAUGAUGGACGCGAAAAAAAGCGAGGCGCUCAAUUUGUGGAAAUUGUGCAACAUCUAUUCGGUGGCGGCCGUUGAGCUCGACAAGUCGAUGCGCGCGAUUCGCGCGUCGUUGCGAGCGCAGCAGCUGAGCGACGUCGGCGCGACGACGACGACGACGACGACGCGAUCGCAAGGAGCCCGACAGAAAAUGAAGAGCCUCAUCGACGAGAUUCGUCACGGCGAGCCGAAGUGGAGGAAUCCGUUUCAGAGUAGGAAGGCGUCGUCGUCGCGAAAGAACACCGGCGGCAGCUCGACGGACGAGUCGAGUCCGCCGCCGGCGAUUCCGCAUCGUCAUCAAUUCGCGCCGACCGUCUACACCGAUCUUCAGAAGGCGACGGCGGUGGCGAACGGCAUCGCCGACUCGCUUCGACAUCAAGACGAUCGAACGGUAAUUCGAAUCAAGAGCGACACGACGCGGCGGCCGCCGAUCGCCCAAAAGCCGCGUCUGAAGCGCGACGACGACGACGACGUCGUGCCGCCGACGAUGAUCACCGUCGAUUGCGCGACGCCGCCGACGCCGUCGCCGCGAGCCGUCUAUUAUGGCGGCGAGUCCGACGCGCCGCCCUCUCAACGAUUAUCGUCGUCCGCCUAUUCAUCCAACUACUCGACGACAUCCUCAUCCAACGCCAACGUCACCAUGUUCAACGUCGAUUCAAGACCGCCAAGUUCGCUCGAGCACGCGCGUCUCGUUCACAUCGGCUCCGACGAGAAUCUCAAUCGACUCCAUUAA